AUGAUAAUACUUAAUAAAAUAAGGUCUCUAGAUCUCUUUAGAUUACCCACUCUUAGACGAGUCUCAUCUAUAGCGAUUAAUACGGUGAAGAAAACAUCAUUUGAUAAGAAAUUCGAUGGUAUAGUCAAUAAAAAAACCAAACCAUGGGAAAGAGAUGGGUUCCCAGAUAGAGAGACAUGGUUCAAAAAAAAAUAUGCACAUAUUCAUGCUAAGCAGAAGAAAAAACAAGCUUAUUUGGAACAAUUGGCAAAAUUGCAUGAAUUGAAAAAACAAGAAAGGAUAUCUCAUAAACAAAAAUAUAUUAACAACCUUAGUACCACCAAACAAAGAAACACAAUCAGUAAAUCUUCUCUUUUGGAGUACAUUUAUGGGAAAAACUGUGUUAUAGCUGCAUUAAUGAAUAAAAAUAGAAAGAAUUUUUAUAGAUUACUAUAUUCAAAUGACUCUGUUUUGAAAAAUAAUCCACAAUUGUCACGAUUGAUAAAGGAAAAAAAUUUGAAAACAGUCUUGACAAAUAAGCAUGAAUUGACCUUGUUGACCAAAAAUUCUGUACAUAAUGGUCUUGUAUUAGAAGUAAAACCGUUAGACCCAUUAGAAAUUACUCAUUUAGGACCUGUGAAUAUGGAGGAUGCAACUUUUCAAAUUAAUACAUAUCAAAAUGAAUUCGAUUCCCCGGUAUUAGCAUCAUCACAUAAGAAUAUUGUGCAUUGUAAAUAUAUGUUAAAGCAAAACUCUAAUAAAUUGUAUCCACUUGGUGUUUAUCUAGAUGAAGUUACUGAUACACAUAACUUAGGUGCAAUACUAAGAACCUCGUUCUAUUUAGGAGUUGAUUUUAUAGUAAUCUCAAGAAGAAAUUGCGCACAAUUGUCGCCUGUAGUGAACAAAUGUAGUAGUGGUGCAAUGGAGUAUAUCCCAAUUUAUAUGGUUGAUAAACCUUUGACAUUUUUUGAUAAAUCUCAAAAGAAAGGGCAAUGGACUUUUAUUACCAGUUGUAUAGAACAAAAUAACAAGAAGACUCAGAUAUCUAAAUUACCCUUAACAGAUAUGCAUGGUUUAUUAGAACAUGGUCCAGUUAUGCUUGUUGUAGGGAAUGAAGGGCGUGGCGUUAGGACUAAUUUACAAUUAAAGAGUGAUUUUGCUGUCCAGAUACCUUUUGGUGGACCUGUAGAGUCCCAAUCAAACAUUGAUUCAUUAAAUGUUAGUGUUGCAACAGCAAUACUUUUGUCCAAUUUACUACCUUCUUCAGAAUCGUAG